AGGAGAAAAAAGAAAAGAAAGAAAAGCAGCAGCGUAAUCGAGACCGUUGAACCAGACAAACUAAUUGAAAUUUUUAGUUGUGGAGCCCAACUCUCUUAUAAUUAUAUCUCAGCCAAAGAUAUUUCUUCUCUUUGUUUCUCUAAUCUCAAUUCAAUUUCUCUAUCUCCUAUCAUCAUAAUCAUCCACUUCUUUUGUAUUUGUUGUAUCCCUUCACUGCAAAAAGUGCAUAAUUACCCGCUCCUCUCUCUUUCCUUUAUGGUUGUGUUUUUUUGGGUCCUUAAAAGACAUCACACCAUAAACUCUCAUUGACUCUUCACUCUUUCACUUUCAUAUCAUUCUUUUCUUUUUCUUUUUUUCUUAUGUUCUUUUAUCAUUCUUCUUUGGCUCUUUAGUUGUCUUUCUUCUUCUUUUCUUUUUUUUCCUCUUCUUUGACUCUCAGAUCAAGAGUUUCAGUUUAAAGUUCUCCUCUAGGAGAUAGGUCAAGAGAGAAUAGGGAUUUAUUGAAGUUGAUUGGUGAGAGAUUUGGGAUUUAGCUGUGCUACCCUGAUUUCCGUGCUUGCAUUUCUAAUUUCUUAGUCUAAGAUCGCUAGCUACUAUGUCUUUUACCGGUACCCAGCAGAAAUGCAAGGCUUGUGAGAAGACUGUGUAUCCGAUGGAACUGCUGUCUGCGGAUGGUGUUCCUUACCAUAAGUCAUGCUUCAAGUGCUUUCACUGCAAAGGCACAUUAAAGCUUAGCAAUUAUUCCUCGAUGGAAGGUGUAGUAUACUGUAAGCCUCACUUCGAACAGUUGUUCAAGGAGACGGGUAAUUUCAACAAGAAUUUCCAAUCACCUGCAAAGUCCGCAGAGAAGUUAACUCCUGAACUGACAAGGUCACCUAGCAAAGCAGCAAGCAUGUUCUCUGGCACGCAAGAAAAGUGUGCUACUUGUGGUAAAACUGCUUAUCCACUGGAGAAGGUGACAGUUGAAAGCCAAGCCUAUCACAAGUCCUGUUUCAAAUGCUCUCAUGGUGGCUGUUCCAUUUCUCCAUCAAAUUAUGCAGCCCUUGAGGGUGUUUUAUAUUGCAAGCAUCAUUUUUCUCAACUUUUCAAGGAGAAGGGAAGCUACAACCAUCUUAUCAAAUCCGCAUCGAUGAAACGUGCUGCAGCUUCAGUACCAGAAGCUUGAAUGCCUUGUCCUAAUUUGAUAAUAUAUGUGUGUGGAUUUACUAUUUACAGUGUGUGUUUUUCUUUUUUUACCUCGGAUCCGACUUCCAUUACGAGGAAUUGGCAAAACUUAGUUCUGCCUUGUUUUUGAUUCUCUUUGUUGGGAGCAUCGUUGUGUUUGAUUGAUGGAUGGGAUGCCCCAUUCUUGCAAUUGUAAAAUGAACUUUGGAGGACUUAAUAUGCAAAUUUGGAUGCUACUAGUGCUUCAUCAUUUUCUA